UCUAUAGUUUAUGGCAUAAGUUGAGUGACUUCGCGAGAAACAAACGGUCUGCGAACGAUUUGACAGUUGAAUUAGAAAACUUGUAAUUAGAAUGGCUUAUGUAGAUAAUAUGUUGCAGCCACAAGCAGCUGCUAUUUCAGAAAAUAUGUUGCCGGACUGGCUGACUUCGGAGCAGAGCACCGGGACGUCAAUCAUGGCGUGUGAAUUCGAAGGUGGUGUCGUAAUAGGCGCCGAUUCCCGGGGUACAACGGGGGCUUAUGUUUCCAAUCGUUAUGCUGACAAAUUAACACGAGUAACUGAUUACAUUUACUGUUGUCGUUCCGGUUCGGCGGCAGACACUCAGGCAAUUGCAGACAUUGUAGCUUAUCAUCUAGGAUUGCAUCAAAUGGAACUCGGAACGCAGCCCUUGGUGGAAACAGCCGCCAACGUGUUCCGCGAAAUAUGCUACAACUAUCGAGACUCUCUGAUGGCUGGAAUCCUGGUGGCGGGAUGGGAUAAACAGAAGGGUGGUCAGGUUUACAGCAUUCCCAUAGGUGGUAUGUGCGUCAGACAGCCGAUCUCGAUAGGUGGUUCCGGUUCGACGUACGUGUACGGCUACGUGGACGCGCAAUAUAAGCCCAAGAUGUUGAAGGAUGAUUGUCUCAAGCUGGUGGAGAACACUCUCGCAUUAGCCAUGGCUCGUGACGGAAGUAGCGGCGGUGUCAUAAGGACCGGAGUGAUCACGGAAAAGGGAAUCGAGAGGAAAGUCAUAUUGGGCAAUGAAUUGCCACGCUUCUACGAAGGAUGAAGAAUUAUGUUAUUGAGUGUUUGUUUGUGGCAAAAUACGUUUAAGGUAUUUCUAGAAAUCUAUACGUGAGAUAUGCACGCUCUGCAUUUGCUAAUUAAAAUUAAAGAGAAAAACGUA